AUGAAUUCUUCUCCUUCUCAAAAAUCACAGAAGUGUGUAGAGAAUAAAGAGCAAAAUAAUUCUGAUAGCUCUAAUUAUUCCAAGGAUCAAGAGAACAACACUUUUCAUGCAACUACUGAUUGCACACCUGAAAAGGAUUCUGAAGAUAUAGAACGUGUAAGCAAUGGUCAAACUUAUCUUGAAGUCUUGGAAGAAUACAUAAAACAAAUUGAAAAAGGUGAUGAUCGAGCAACCCCAGAGUCAAAGACACUCAACUGUGAUCUUCGUGAAGAAAAUGAAAGAUUGAGAAGGGAACUUGAUGAAUUAGAGAACGAUAUAGAGAUUAUUGGUGCUGGUAAUUACCCUGAAUGCAUGAGAUGUUACAGAGAACAAAUCGAAGAAAGUCAUGAUCGAGAAAGAAAAUUACAUACGGAGCAGGAGAAUCUGAAGAACACUAAGGUAAGUAAUUCUACCGAAUCUGAAAUAGAUUAUAAAGUUCAAAUUGAUAAACUUAAGGUUGAUCUAGAUAAUGCUCUCGAAAAAUUAAAAAUGUUGGAGAAAGAGAAUAUGAGUCUAAAAACAGACUUGAAAAAGUUCGAUAGUAGCACAAAACAACUUGACUCAAUAUUGGAUUCAGGUGGAGUUCCUCGUGACAUGCGAGGAUUGGGCUACAAAGGUAAACAAACUCUGAAUACUAAACAGGAAACAAAGUUUGUAAAACCUAAAGACUAUGCUAAAGAAAUUGCUUCAAAAGUUACCACAAAAGAUUGCUCUUCCAUAAAAGAAAAAUCUGUAGCACCUUCAUCUUCAGCAAAAGACGGAAAACGUAAAAUACGUCAAACUCCAAUGAAAGGAAAUCCACAACAAGGACAUCAUUGUCCUAAAAAUGAACAAAAGAAUUAUUGUAAUGAUAGUUCAAAGUUUGCUUAUCAGGCUUCUACAAACUACCCUAAUGUUUCCUCAAGAGAUUCAUCUUGGAUUUCAGGAAGAAAUAAUAGGAAGAAAAAAGAUGCUCCUGCAAAACCCAUUUCUGAAUGGAGUCUAAAGUCUUCUCUAAUGACAACCAGGAUGGUUGCUUUUGCUGUUCUCAUGUCUUUGCGAAAGGAUGAGAAGAACAAUGAGGAAAAGAGGAUGCGGAAAUUUGAGGAAUUCAACAAGAACUUGGACAAACAUCUUGCUGAGCACCGUAGAGUUGUUGAUGAAUUAUCUGAGGCUGUCGAUGAAUUAGUUGAGCUGGUGAAAUCGAAAAACAUCAGCAAGAACAGCACCCAUUCUCCUGCACCACCGAAGAACAACAACUCCUCUUCUCCUGAACUGUCGAAGAACAGCAGCUCCCCUUCUUCUGAAUCGUCGAAUACCAGAAGCAGCAAUAACACCCCUCCUUCCCUUAAUCUUUCCAAAAACAGCAGCUCCCAUUCUCCUGAACCCUUGAACAACAACGACACCAGCAGCUCCCGUUCUCCUGCACAGUCAGAGACAAACAGCAGUGACAACUCCCCUUCUCCUAAUCUGUCAAAGGACAGCAGCACUGAGACGACGAACAAAAAAAACAUGAACAGCUCCCCAUCUCCUGCACCGUCCAAGACCGGCAGCAAUGACAACUCCCAUUCUCCUAAUCUGCCUCCAAAGGACAGCAGCUCUCAUUCUACUGAACCCUGGAAAAACAACAACAGCAGCAGCUCCUCUUCAAUGUUGUAUAAUUACAUAGUCUAUAAGUGGAAUUUCAGGUGA